AUGAAAAAUACAACCUUAGUGGUUUCUUCAACAAGGCAGCUCGGCCUUGAGAAUUUACAGAAUUUUUAUAAAUCGUCGAACUCUGAGUCUUCUUUCAGCUCAUCUUUAGCUAAAUCGACCUUUUUUGCACCUUUGGUGGCUGCGGUUUCUAGAAACUUAUUUUUAAAUGGAUCUACUCCCGAAUUUGAUCAUUUGACUUUGGAUCAAGUUAAAAACGCUGGUCUUCCUUCUGAAAAGUAUGCGACUGUGCUCGUCGUGGCUGACUCUUUAUCCGAGUUCUACGGAGAGAGGGGUUUAUCGAAUUUAACUUUGUUUCACAAUUCACUCGUGCCGGAUGGGAAGUUCGUUUUGUCCAUUCCCCCAAAUUCGGACAAGGAAAAUGAUGUUAAAAAGGAGCUUAUGUAUAGUGGCCUCGUGGAUGUCAACUCACUCGUAUAUUCCGGCGCCACCUUUAUAUCAGGAGUUAGGCCCAAUUGGAAGGCCAAGUCUACGAAGAAGACUGUAUCGUCAAUAGACGCCGCACCCAUUGAUGGGUACGUUUCCAAGGCUCCCGACUAUGAGUCUUGCAACACGAAGCCAAGGGCCUGCGCGAACUGCACUUGCGGAAGAGCCGAGAUGGAGAAGCUUGAAGCUUCUAAGCUGGUAUCGGACGUCGACGCUCCAACUUCAUCUUGCGGCAACUGCUACUUGGGUGACGCCUUCAGGUGCGAGUCCUGCCCUUACAAGGGCCUUCCGGCCUUCAAACCGGGGGAAAAGAUGUUUUAA